ACCUUGUCCGACUAGUUCGCAAUCGAUUGCAUUUGAGUGUUCCUGACUGGGUUUAAUUUAGUAUUUUUUAAAUACUAAACCACAAGUGUAUCACCAUGAAUUCUGCGGCGUACGUUUCGAUCAUACUAGGCUGUUGCGUGCUGUGGGUGGCCUGCUCGUUUCCAGUGGCAUUGUCGUGCGAUUCUUGUGGCCGCGAAUGUGCGUCGGCAUGCGGGACACGUCACUUCCGCACCUGCUGCUUCAACUAUCUUCGCAAGCGCAGCUCUACUCCACCGGUGGCACCGCCCGGAAGUGACAGACACCUCGAGCUGUGGUAUGCGGCGAAAGCGGCACAGAAAUCACGACCGAACCAACGCCGGCUGGCCGACCUGCUGCUGAACGGAGCCGCGAACGAUAUUGACUACGAGUUUGUCCCCAUGAUGGCGUCGAACCGUCAGACACUGAGCGAAGGCCAACCACGUAGCGGGUCACUAGGGCAACCAUCGGUCAGUUCGCCGGAACCGGACGACAGCCGUAGCGGUGAGCGAAGUGUGGAAAAAGCCUCCUCCGAAGAAUCGGAACCCGGACGUUUGCAGUUAUUGUAUGAAGCUUAAGCAGCACCUCGACGAAAGACUCCCAAGCGAAUGAUCGCUCGUACGUCACAUUAGGUUUUAGUUAUUCAGUUUGGUUAGUUGAAAGCAGUGUCCUUUCGAAAGUUAAUCGCACUGAUCGACCAGAGGCUUUCAUUUAGGCUGGGCAAAUGGAAGAUUCCGGUCGAUCCUGUUCCACCCCAUCGUUUAAGUAUGUAUCAUCAGCAUUUUCCCCCUAAGCAUCCUUCCUCCUCAUUGGUUUCAUUUUAAUAGCGAAACCCCCCCGAAAGUUCACCAUCACCGAUCCAUUCCGCACCACACCAUUUUGGGCGCAAAGAGAUUCCCAAAACUAAGGAUACCGUUCCCCCGCCAUAUUUCUAACCAUAUGUGCACCCCGAAUCUGUGGUUCCGCUCGGUGAUCGAUUGCGGGGCUUCACAGCCGCAGCAUAACGUGCGGCUACAAUCUCCAAUUAGGAUACUUCAAAGCACCCACCACAGGUGCAGAGAAACGGCAAUAGGGCUUUGAUUAGUUUCGUGAGAAAACAAUUAAGAAAACGAAGGCCACCAAAGGAAAGCAUCACCAGUAGCAUGACGAUUAACGGCAGCUCCCAAAUCGUUCCAUCCGGCGUACGUGACGUGUUGAAAUUUGUAAAACAAUUGUAGUAUGGAAUUUCUGUUGUACAAUAAAAGCAGCAUACCGAGCCUGUGGCAGGAAAAGGCA